GCGCGAGUCCUGGCGCGUGCCCGCCCUCAAGCAACUGUCCGACCCCGCGGGUGGGAGGGGUGGGUCUGGGAACGUUGCGGCGGCUGUCGCCGCGGCCCCAGCACCCAGAGCUGUUCUCUGGCCAAGCCUGCGCCUGCAGUCCUUCUCUGCCUCCUGGGGCGGCCGCCACCCGCCCCCAGAUGGUGGGUCCGGAGGAUGCCGGAGCCUGCUCGGGAAGAAACCCCAAGUUGCUCCCGGUGCCUGCGCCGGACCCCGUGGGCCAGGACAGGAAAGUAAUCUGGGCCACGGGCGGCUUUGGCGGAGGCGUCGGCGCUGUGGAGCCGCCGGAGGAGGCUGACGAGGAGGAGGAGACGCCGCCUCGGCAGCUCCUUCAGUGUUACCUCGCGGCGGCCGGGGAGCAGCUGGAGCCGGGGCUCUGCUACUGUCCGCUCCCCGCUGGCCAGGCCGGCGCCCCGCCGCCCUCGGCAGCCCCACGAUCGGACGCCUGCCUGCUGGGCUUGGGCUCCAAACACCGCGGCGCGGAGGUGGCUGAUGGCCGCGCGCUGCGGCACGGAGGCAUGACCAACGGCGACUCGGGUUUUCUGCCGGGCCGGGACUGUCGCGAUCUGGAAGAGGCUCGCGGUCUGGCGCGCGCCGGCGGUCGGGAGUCGCGCCGCCGCCGCCCCUGCGGCCGCCUCCGCCUGGAGGGGCCUGGUGACGAGGACACGGACGGCGCGGGAAGCCCGUCCGACUGGGCCUCGCCACUUGAGGACCCGUUGCGGAGCUGCUGCCUGGUGGCCGCGGAAGCCGAGGAGCCCGAGGACGCGGGCAGCGACUCGGGGGACAGCCCGGCCAGCAGCUGCAGCAGUAGCGAGGACUCAGAGCAGCGGGGAGUCGGCGACGGGGGUCCCAAGGAGGGCGCGCCCCCUGCCACCUCGACCGAGAGGACUAGUGGGGGUGCGGAGCCGCGCCUGGGCUUUUCUGACAUUCACUUCAACUCUCGGAACACGUUCGAGGUGAGCCGCGGUCAGAGCGUCCGCGAUCACCUGCCCCCGGCGGGGCCGCCGGUGCCCUUGCCCGCCGCGGAGCAGGGUCCUGCAGGGACUUCGGCCCGGGCUCGACGGAGCGGCGGCUUCGCGGACUUCUUCGCCAGAAACCUUUUUCCAAAAAGGACAAAGGAACUCAAAUCAGUUGUCCAUAGUGCUCCUGGUUGGAAAUUAUUUGGUAAAGUCCCUCCUAGAGAGAAUCUUCAGAAAACAUCCAAAAUCAUUCAGCAGGAAUAUGAAGCACGAACAGGGAGGACCUGUAAACCACCACCUCAGUCUUCAAGACGCAAGAAUUUUGAAUUUGAGCCACUUUCAACCACUGCCUUGAUUCUUGAAGAUCGACCAUCAAAUCUUCCUGCCAAAUCUGUGGAAGAAGCUUUACGUCACCGACAAGAAUACGAUGAGAUGGUGGCUGAGGCUAAAAAACGAGAAAUUAAGGAAGCACAUAAAAGAAAAAGAAUAAUGAAAGAACGAUUUAAGCAGGAAGAAAAUAUUGCAAGUGCAAUGGUAAUUUGGAUCAAUGAAAUACUGCCCAAUUGGGAAGUAAUGCGUAGUACAAGAAGAGUUCGAGAAUUGUGGUGGCAGGGAUUGCCCCCUAGUGUCCGUGGGAAAGUUUGGAGUCUAGCUGUAGGAAAUGAACUAAAUAUCACUCCUGAACUUUAUGAAAUCUUCCUCUCAAGAGCAAAAGAACGGUGGAAAAGUUUCAGUGAAACAAGUUCAGAGAACGAUACAGAAGGUGUAUCUGUUGCUGAUCGAGAGGCCAGUCUGGAAUUAAUUAAGUUGGACAUAUCCCGUACAUUUCCAUCUCUCUACAUCUUUCAGAAGGGUGGCCCAUAUCAUGAUGUCUUACAUAGUAUUUUAGGGGCAUACACAUGCUACAGACCUGAUGUUGGUUAUGUGAAAGAAGCAUUACUCGAACACAAGCUCUACAAUACCACAACAGUUGAUCUUAUAACCGAGAUGGCUACUAGGCAGGUCCAAGGGAUGUCCUUCAUUGCAGCAGUACUCAUUCUCAAUUUGGAAGAGGCAGAUGCCUUUAUUGCAUUUGCCAAUCUCCUGAAUAAGCCAUGCCAGUUGGCCUUUUUUCGUGUGGAUCACAGCAUGAUGUUGAAAUAUUUUGCGACAUUUGAAGUAUUUUUUGAAGAAAAUCUCUCCAAAUUAUUUCUUCACUUCAAAUCUUACAGUCUUACACCAGAUAUAUACUUGAUAGACUGGAUCUUCACACUAUAUAGCAAAUCACUACCACUUGAUCUGGCCUGUCGAGUCUGGGAUGUAUUUUGCAGAGAUGGGGAAGAAUUUUUAUUUAGGACUGGAUUAGGAAUCCUCCGAUUAUAUGAAGAUAUUCUCCUGCAGAUGGACUUUAUUCAUAUAGCACAGUUUCUAACUAAAUUGCCAGAAGAUAUCACAUCGGAAAAGCUGUUCAGUUGUAUUGCAGCCAUUCAGAUGCAGAAUAGCACCAAAAAAUGGACUCAGGUCUUUGCAUCUGUAAUGAAGGAUAUUAAAGAAGGAGACAAGAACAGUAGUCCUGCUUUGAAAAGCUAGUCUUCAAAAUUGACAGACUAAUUGACAUAGAAAAAGUGGUUUUUGGAUAAAGGCUUUUUGUUUCCUAUGUAAAAGGCGUGGAAGAAAAUGUUGGAGAUACCUAAAAGAAUCAAGAGGUGGAAAACUGCUGAUUUUACAUUUUAUGGCUGAAGUAAAUGAAAUAAGUAACUUAUUGACAGUAUUAAUAAACUAUUAUUUUGUAGGUAGAGUCAUUUUUCAAAGGAAAAAGCUUAAAUGGUGAGUUUAUACUCCACAAUUUGAAGUAAACAGUUUAAUGCAAUAAAUUUUUUAAAUAGCUUUGAAGAUACUUCAAAUUUUUACAUCUUUUCUUUUGUAACAGUUACCACAAAGAUACUCUGGAGGCUAGAGUAGGAUUGUUAAAUACUACUGUUAACCUCCAAAGUACUAUAGUACAGACAUUGUUUCUAGUUCUGACCUUUUGAAGAUAUUAUAGACCAGUAAUGAACAAAAUUGGUUGUAAAUGAUUUAAGUCACUGAAGAUGUCAUUUAUCUUCAUUCACAAGUUGGGGCAAAUUCGAGUUACCUAGGAACUGGAAAUGUUGGUGGGAGAUUGUGUGUUGUUUGUUUAGAUGUUUUUCCAUAGUAUCGUGUCCAUUUGUUUUUUAACGGAAAUUUGUUGUCUUCCUUAAGGAAUUCCUUAUCACUCAAGAGAAUUUUAGCCAUUCUGGUUCUAGUCUAACAAAUUAUUCAUCUAAUAAUUUCACAUUAAGAAAACUAUAAAUAACUGGUAGAAGGAAAGUUCUUUGCACUUUAGUGGAUUGAAGACUUGACUUUGAGAGUAAGUCCAAAAACAUAUGUGAUGUUUCUCAGUGAUAAGAGUAAAAAGUAAUGAAUCCUGAGAGUUCUUAAAUAGCAUGCUACUUGGCAAGACUUCAUAUUUUUUAGUUACAAUUCUUCCACUGUCUAUAGAAACAAAAUUUGUUAACUCCAGUUUGAAAUUUGAAAUCUAAUAUGUAGCUAAAUCUGUGACUUGUAAAACUCUAUGCAUAAUUUUUCCUAAUCAGUGGAAAUAAGAAUAAAAGAAAAAGGUAAUUUUUUUUCUAAGUC